UACGAAAUCGAAAGUGUUAGCAUAUCGGAAGUUACUGUAAAAUGAUGCAAAAUUCGAGCUUGUGGUAGUAAUAACUAAGCUUGUUCAGGUUAGGGAUGUUACUGUGGAGGCUUAGUUCUUCGUAAACGAUUUUAGAUAAUGGCUCACCGGUUGCUGACAACUGCAAGAAAGUUGGAAAAGUUGCUGUGGAAUGGAAUUAGACGUGGCGAUAUUAACAACUCAAUGUUGAAGAGGAACCUUUCAAUACUCCAGAAAUCAGCAAACUCUCCUAGUUUGGCAACAAUCAUACGGGAAUGGCAACUGAUUUGUGAAAGACCUCCAAAGGGUUUUGAGAAGUUUUUCAAACCAGGUACAGGCAAACAAUCGUCAAAAAAUGGAAAACCAAAGGAAGAUGUUCCAAAAGAGGCACAGCAGCCACCACCUUCGAGAGGAACUAGUCAGCCUCCACCCAAGUCUACCCAGAGGCCAUAUGAUCAGUGGUCAUUUGGGAUGUUUGGAGGUCAGUCCAGGGGUACUGGCCCAGGAGGUGGAAAGCCAUUUGGUGAUGGAGGAGAUCGUGAGAAAUGGCUUGUACUUGGCAUGAUAGGCACUGUGGCUCUUCUUGGAACCCUAGCAUUUUAUGAGAUGGGUUAUAAGGAAAUAGCGUGGAAAGAAUUUGUCAACAAUUACCUUGCAAAGGGAAUUGUGGAAAAACUUGAAGUUGUCAAUAAGAAGUGGGUCCGUGUACGUUUAAUGCCAGGAAACACAGUGGAUGGCUCAAGUGUGCUCUGGUUCAACAUUGGCAGUGUUGAUUCGUUUGAAAGAAACCUUGAAAAUGCACAAAUUGAAAUGAAUAUUGAGCCACCAAACUUUGUUCCAGUAAUAUAUAAGACUGAACUGGAAGCUGCAAGCCUUACAGGCAUUCUUCCCACUUUAAUGAUAAUAGGAUUCUUGAUUUAUAUGAUGCGAAGAUCAGCUGAAGUGAUGGGAGGACGUAGCGGCCGGAAAGGUGGUGGCUUGUUUGGUGGUGUUAUGGAAUCAACUGCCAAAUUAAUAAACUCGAGUGACAUUGGAGUGAGAUUUAAGGAUGUUGCCGGGUGUGAAGAAGCUAAACUGGAGAUAAUGGAGUUCGUUAAUUUUCUCAAGAAUCCUCAGCAGUACAUUGAUUUAGGAGCUAAAAUCCCCAAAGGUGCAAUAUUAACAGGUCCUCCAGGAACUGGCAAAACGUUACUUGCAAAGGCAACUGCUGGUGAAGCAAAUGUGCCUUUCAUAACAGUUUCAGGUUCUGAAUUCCUUGAAAUGUUUGUGGGAGUUGGCCCGUCUCGGGUCAGAGACAUGUUUGCUAUGGCUCGAAAACAUGCACCUUGCAUUCUAUUUAUUGAUGAAAUUGAUGCAGUUGGUAGAAAAAGAGGUGGCCGUGCCUUUGGUGGCCAUUCAGAACAAGAAAACACUCUGAACCAGCUGCUGGUUGAAAUGGACGGAUUUAAUACAACUACUAAUGUGGUUGUGCUCGCUGCAACAAAUCGUGUUGAUAUACUAGACAAAGCAUUGUUGCGACCUGGUAGAUUUGACAGACAGAUAUUUGUUCCUGCUCCAGACAUUAAAGGAAGAGCAUCAAUAUUUAAAGUACAUUUACAGCCUUUAAAAACUAGUUUAGACAAGACUGAUCUGGCAAGGAAAAUGGCAGCCUUAACACCAGGUUUUACUGGUGCCGACAUUGCCAAUGUUUGUAAUGAGGCUGCGUUGAUUGCUGCUCGUGAUCUGAGUGAAUCUAUAUCAAUGAAAAACUUUGAACAAGCUAUUGAGAGAGUUGUAGCGGGAAUGGAGAAAAAAACUAAUGUCCUUCAGCCUGAAGAGAAGAAGACCGUUGCAUAUCAUGAAGCAGGGCAUGCUGUAGCUGGAUGGUUUCUUGAGAAUGCUGAUCCUUUAUUGAAGGUCUCCAUCAUUCCUCGAGGUAAAGGAUUAGGAUAUGCCCAGUAUCUCCCUAAGGAACAAUAUCUUUAUAGCAAAGAACAGCUGUUUGAUCGAAUGUGUAUGACUUUGGGAGGAAGAGUAUCAGAAGAAAUUUUCUUUGGCCGAAUUACAACUGGUGCUCAGGAUGAUCUCAAGAAAGUAACACAGAGUGCAUAUGCCCAGGUUGUGCAUUUUGGAAUGAAUGAAAAGCUAGGAAAUAUAAGUUUUGACAUGCCUCAACCGGGAGAGAUGGUUUUGGAGAAGCCAUAUUCAGAGAAAACUGCUCAGCUGAUUGAUUCUGAGGUUCGUCAAUUGAUACAGAGCGCUUACGAACGUACAACUUCGUUACUUACUGAUCAUAAAGAUGAUGUCCGAAAGGUUGCAGAACGCUUGUUAAAAAAAGAAAUUUUAAGUCGGGAUGAUAUGAUUGAAUUGCUUGGGGCACGACCGUUCCCUGAAAAGUCAACAUAUGAAGAAUUUGUUGAAGGAACGGGGUCAUUUGAAGAAGACACGACUUUACCAGAGGGUCUUCGUGAAUGGAAUAAAAGCAGAGAGCAAGAUGGAAAUACUGACAGUGGAAAAAGUGAGGAAGAUCUUAAGGGCAAAAGUACAGCAAUGAAGAUCAGUUCAGCAUAAGAUACUAUGUAGAACUCGUCAAGUACUAGUCGCUGGCACCCUCAUAAGCGAGUGAACCUGACUCUUAGGAUGCCUCUGCGAGUUACAGUUAAUCAACAUACCAAAUUGCAUUGUCUUCAAAGAGUGCCAGUUGAUGAGCCAAACAUAAGUGGAAUUUCAUCAUCAGUAAACUGGUCUGAGCAUUUUAAAAAUGCUCUUUUUCUAUGCCAUUAGCAUCAGUCUGCACAUUUUAUAUAUGUGUUGUAUCUGUUAAAACUUUUUUAUUUUAUUUUUAAUUGUUGCCAAUUUAACUGAGGAAUACUUUUGUAAAACAUUGCUGAAGAAUCUAUGUAUUCAAAAUGUUUCUGAAAUACAAAUCAGUAUUUAUGAUUCAGCAGAAA